GGUGAGCUGCGGUUGCCGGGUGACAAGUCGGAUCCGGGACAGUCGUAAUGGCAGAAACUGCUUCUCCACUGAAGCACUUUGUGCUGGCUAAGAAGGCAAUUACUGCAAUCUUUGACCAGUUACUGGAGUUUGUUACUGAGGGAUCACAUUUUGUUGAAGAAACAUUCAAGGAUCCAGAACUUGACCGAAUAGCUACUGAGGAUGAUCUGAUAGAAAUACAGGGGUAUAAAAACAAACUUUCCAUCAUUGGUGAGGUGCUGUCUCGGAGACACAUGAAAGUGGCAUUUUUUGGCAGGACAAGCAGUGGGAAGAGCUCCGUUAUCAAUGCAAUGUUGUGGGAUAAAGUCCUCCCUAGUGGGAUUGGCCAUACGACCAAUUGCUUCCUGAGUGUUGAAGGAACCGAUGGAGAUAGAGCCUAUCUUAUGACAGAAGGAUCAGAAGAGAAAAGGAGUGUGAAGACAGUUAAUCAGCUUGCCCAUGCUCUUCAUAUGGACAAAGACUUGAAAGCUGGCUGUCUUGUACAUGUGUUUUGGCCAAAGGCAAAAUGUGCCCUCUUGAGAGAUGACCUGGUUUUAGUGGACAGUCCGGGUACAGAUGUCACUACAGAGCUGGAUAGCUGGAUUGAUAAGUUUUGCUUAGAUGCUGAUGUCUUCGUUUUGGUUGCAAACUCGGAAUCAACACUAAUGAACACGGAAAAACAGUUUUUUCACAAGGUAAAUGAGCGACUGUCCAAGCCUAAUAUUUUCAUUCUGAAUAAUCGUUGGGAUGCCUCUGCAUCAGAGCCAGAAUACAUGGAAGAUGUACGCAGACAGCACAUGGAACGAUGCCUACAUUUCUUGGUGGAGGAGCUCAAAGUUGUGGAUCCUUUAGAAGCACAGAAUCGUAUCUUCUUUGUUUCUGCAAAGGAAGUUCUUAGUGCUAGAAAGCAGAGAGCACAGGGGAUGCCGGAAGGUGGUGGGGCACUUGCUGAAGGAUUUCAGGCAAGAUUACAAGAAUUUCAGAAUUUUGAACAAAUCUUUGAGGAGUGUAUCUCGCAGUCAGCAGUGAAAACAAAGUUUGAGCAGCACACUAUCAGAGCUAAACAGAUACUAGAUACUGUGAAAAACAUAAUGGAUUCAAUAAACGUGGCAGCAGCAGAGAAAAGGGUUUAUUCAAUGGAAGAGAGGGAAGACCAAAUUGAUAGACUGGACUUUAUCCGAAACCAGAUGAAUCUUUUAACAUUGGAUGUUAAGAAAAAAAUCAGGGAGGUUACGGAGGAGGUGGCAAACAAGGUGUCAUGUGCAAUGACAGAUGAAAUUUGUCGACUCUCUGUUUUGGUUGAUGAAUUUUGUUCUGAGUUUCAUCCUACUCCAAGUGUAUUGAAAGUAUAUAAAAAUGAGUUAAAUAAGCACAUAGAAGAUGGUAUGGGAAGAAAUUUGGCUGAUCGGUGCACCAAUGAAGUCAAUGCUUCAAUGUUUCAAUCCCAGCAAGAAAUUAUUGAAAACUUGAAGCCAUUACUUCCAGCUGGUAUACAGAAUAAACUACACACACUCAUUCCUUGCAAGAAAUUUGAUCUCAGCUAUGACCUAAAUUGCCACAAGUUAUGUUCAGAUUUUCAAGAGGAUAUUGUAUUUCGUUUUUCCCUGGGCUGGGCUUCCCUCGUCCAUCGUUUCUUGGGUCCUACAAAUGCUCAGAGGGUGCUUCUAGGAUUAUCAGAGCCUAUCUUUCAAGUAAGUCUUUUGGUUUUGUUUUUUGUUUGUUUGUGGUGGAGUAGGCUUUUUAUUAGAUGUUUAUUGCUGCGCUACACAGAUAUGUUCGUCAUCAUGAUUUGGAAAACUGUAGGCUGGAAACUCAUAUCUGUCUCAUUAAGUAUGUACGGAGCUUUGUAUCUUUAUGAGAGGCUGACCUGGACCACCCGUGCCAAGGAGAGAGCCUUUAAACAGCAGUUUGUGAACUAUGCAACUGAGAAACUGCAGAUGAUUGUCAGCUUCACGAGUGCAAACUGCAGCCAUCAAGUACAGCAGGAAAUGGCUACCACUUUUGCUCGCCUGUGCCAACAAGUUGAUGUUACACAAAGACAUCUGGAAGAAGAAAUUUCUAGAUUAUCCAAAGAAAUAGAUCAAUUGGAGAAAAUACAAAACAAUUCAAAGCUCUUAAGAAAUAAAGCUGUUCAACUUGAAAAUGAGCUGGAGAAUUUUACUAAGCAGUUUCUACAUUCAAGCAAUGAAGAAGAAUCUUAACAAUAGAGAUUACUUUGGUGAUCACCGUAGGAGAAAAUGGAACUUGGAAGAUUGGGACAGUUGUUAUUUUUAUGAAAUUACUUUAAACAUGAAUUAUACUAACUGCAUCUAAAUAGCAAAUCCUUGUGUAGAUUCUGGUAAUGAUCUAUCUCAGGGUGUUUGCAUUUCUGAAGAGUGUUAUGAUGUCUCUGUAGUUUUAAUUUUGGGUAAAGAAAAGGCUCAACUGUUUGAUGUGUUAAAAUGAUGAAUUAAUUAAAAGCAACAGACCAACUAUGUGACCCCUGAGGGGUGGGGCCUUGCUCUUAAUUAGGGCUCUCUCUGUUUUUGAUUCUGAAAAACUCUGCUUCCUGGCAUCCAGGAGUUAGAGAAGGCUCCUUUCAUCUUCUUUCUCAAAACUAAUUUUUGAUGCCUACUCUAAUGGGAAUAGUCACCUUUUUUGUUUUAUAAACUGCAUUGCUCUAACCACCAAGAAGGAGUGUGAAAUGUUCUUGAGUAUAUUAUUUAUGCAAGUUACAAUCACUUUUGCCAUCCUGACAGGUAUGUAAACCACUAAUAAAUAUGCUGUUUUUACUCCCUCUUUUAUCCCCAUUAAAACUGAUAUAAAACAGUUAUAAAGGUUUAUUAUAGUUUCUUAUAAAAGUUACCUGGGUCCGGUUUCCUGGUCUGUUUCUAAAGAAACAUUUUCAGCUUCAAUUAUGAUUACAGUAAGGAAAACUUUCUAUCUCAGUUUUAGGAGUAAAGUUUGAAGUGAUAAAAAUAGCCAAAGAUAUGGGAGGUCUGAAUUUUGGGUGGUUACAGUCAUGUACAAAUGCUGUUCUUCAGAAGAUAUUUGCCAAGGAUAGUGCUGGGUUGUUCCCCCAGGCUGGCUUUUACUUUUAUUUAAUUGUAUGAAUUUGUCAGGGCGUGGUUAAAAAUUAUUACUGCAUUUUUUACCUUAAUGAAAUGUUUAUGGGUUCAA